AUCUCGCUCGGGUUGGUCAUACAGCGACGACAACGCUGGUCACGUCGCCAUGACAAGCGUUUCCAGCAGCGACGUACGCAGCAACGUCUCCGGGUCAAUAUCAUCAAAACGUUACCGUGGUAGCGAUACUGGUUCCGGAAUGGACAGUGAAGCCGGUGAGACUUGUGCUGAGAUGCUGCUCUCCUCGCGGAAUCAAGAUGACGAGGAGCAGUCGGACGAAAAACAACUGUCACAGUCACUGCCUGACACUCCAAAAACACCGUCAGAAGUUGGGAAAAAGGGGAAAGGCAAAAUGAAAGAGUGUCCACUUUGUGCUGCAAAAAUGCCAGGCAGCGCGUUUCCAAAAUUGAAGGGAUGCCAACAUCGGAGUUGCAGGGCGUGCCUUAGACAAUACGUCGAAUUGUCGAUCACAGAAAAUCGGGUUGAAGUUCCAUGUCCAGAAUGUUCAUCAUAUUUGCAUCCUAAUGAUAUUAAAAUGCUUAUUGGGGACAUUCCAACACUUAUUGAAAAGUAUGAAGCAUUUAGUCUCCGUCGUUACCUCAUGACUGAAGCGGAUGCACGUUGGUGCCCAGCACCGGAUUGCGGGUUUGUCUUCAUUGCGACCAAGUGUGCAGCAUGUCCGCAACUAAAAUGUCAACGUCCAGAUUGUGGGACGUUAUUCUGCUACCAUUGUAAACGCGAAUGGCACUCUAAUCAAACUUGUGAUGAAGCUCGUCGACCCGAAAAGCGAAAAAGUCGCGGGUUGGCAUUCGAAGAGAUUAUGCGCACAGGUUUCCAUCAGAGCGCCGACUCAACACUCAAGCCUGGAGAUGUAAAAGCGUGCCCGCGCUGCAAGACGUAUAUUGUGAAGAUGGAUGAUGGAUCGUGUAAUCACAUGGUGUGCACAAUGUGCAAUGCAGAGUUUUGCUGGCUUUGUCUUAAGGAAAUCUCAGAUUUGCAUUACUUGAGCCCAACGGGAUGCACGUUUUGGGGAAAAAAGCCAUGGACGAGGAAAAAGAAGCUACUCUGGCAACUUGGAACUCUCAUAGGUGCUCCAGUGGGAAUCGCCUUGAUUGCCGGCCUCUCAAUUCCCGGAAUUGUGUUUGGUGUGCCAGUUUUUGUGGGCAGAAAAGUGCAUCAACGAUUCAAGUACAAAUCAAAGACAAAACGGCGUUUUCUCACCGCUACGUGUGUUGUAGGAUCGCUAGUUGUUAGUCCCGUGAUGGCAGUGAUGGCAGUCGGUGUUGGAGUCCCCAUUAUGCUGGCUUACGUCUACGGGGUCGUCCCCCUGUCACUUUGCCGUAAUGGUGGAUGUGGUCUUUCGUCUUCCGACUCGUCUCUCGCGCUGGCAGAUAUCGACGAAGAGCAAUUGUACGGAACACCGGGAGCUAGUGCUCCUGUCGACUUAUCUCAAUUCAUGACGGAUGCGUCCAAACGGGAAGACAUUGUGUCCAUUGAUCCGUCGAUUCUGUCAAUGCCACGUGAGAUGAAAACCAGAUAUUACCCAAAAGGAAGGAGAACUAGUUUGGAGUCGGGUGAACGGGUCAAUUACGAGGAGGCAAGCGUAAAAGCAAUGGCCGGGUCUCAUCACUAUGACGAUAAGAGUGUACACACCUUAUGCUCGGGACAUGAGGUGACUUCUUUGAAUGAUGAACAAUCAAGCACCAAAGCUCUUGCCGGCUCCGUGAUGGAUACGAAGAGCAUGAGCGAAAGCAUGUACAGGCACAUGAUAUUGACAAAGUAUGCCGAGAAACAACACCAUCAGGAGAAUGACGAUGAUCACGACGAGCAAGGUGGAAGUGAUGACCAACCAUCGACGUCUUCCGCAGUCCAUCAUAUCAAAGGACCAAAACUUUCGUCGUCUUCCAUACAUCGUGGGUGUGUGAUUGAGCGCGACGACGAUGGGCUUCUUUUCACCGAAGAAGGUGCUGCGUUGCUGAUCAAUUCACCACCUGCAAUGCGCAGCUCUGGAAGUGUGAAUAUCGAUCCCAUCGAUUUAUUCAAAAUUCGUAGCUGGCUUGAUAAUAUGAAGCAAAUGGUAGCCACUGACGCACCUCAAGAGACACCUUAUGAACCUUCAACGCGACCAAGUAGCAAGCUCCGAAGAUCAGGAAGCGGGAAGAGUGUGCAUACAGUAGCCACGUUCCCAGUCAACCUCAACACCGGUAACACGGUGAACAGGCAGGGACUCUCGAAUUUGUCGAAACCAGAAAUUGUUCAAAAUAUGAGCAACGCUCCUUCGGAGGCUGGAAUUACUGUCGCCGCGCCACGUAGCCCGACAGAACUUGAGGCGAACGGUGAGAAUGCUGGCGAUGACAGUGUGUCGACAAGUUCUUCAUCCAGAAGUCAGAAAAAAAAGAAGCGACGUUUUGGAAUAUUCAGUAAUUGGUUCAACAAAACGAAAUAAUAACAUCGCGUUCUUUUUUUUCAUUCUGUAUAAAAAACAUCACUCUAUGUCAUUUAUGUUCCUUCCAGUUGUCUCAACGUGCUUCAACUAGUCAUUUCUUCUCAUAACCCUGCAAUUUUCUCCCUUUCCCCAUCUUUUCCAUCUUUUCCAUUCCAAAUUUUCUCCUUAUUGUCCAAUAACAAAAACAUCAACAACAACUCUAUGCGGUAUUUUUUUCGUACAGUACUUUUUCUCCCUCUUUACUGCUAGCCACGACGUGUGUUUAUGUUGUGAUUGCCAAAAAGUGUUUCAAAGUCAAUCUCGUCAAUUUCUCAUGUUAACCUGUUUACACUUGUUUCAAUUUUUCUUGUCUGACAGUAUUGGAAUCCAAAUUCAAAUACAAGUCAUCAUCUCUUCAUUACAUUCAUUUUUUAAUGUUCUCUAUAUUUUUUUGUAAAAUAUAUUGAUUUUAAUUGAAA